AUGGUGUCCGCCAAGAAGCACGUUCCUAUCGUGAAGAAGCGCACUGCGCGCUUCAACCGCCACCAGAGUGACCGGUUCAAGUGCCUCGCCCCGAGCUGGCGCAAGCCCAAGGGCAUUGACAACCGCGUCCGAAGACGAUUCCGCGGAACCGUGGCCAUGCCUUCGAUUGGGUUCGGAUCCAACAAGAAGACGCGCUACAUGAUGCCCUCGGGCCACAAGUCCUUCCUCGUCAACAACGUCAAGGAUGUCGAGCUCCUCAUGAUGCACAACCGCACCUACGCCGCCGAGAUCGCCAGCGCCGUGUCGUCCCGCAAGAGAAUCGACAUCAUUGCCCGCGCCAAACAAUUAGGAGUAAAGGUCACAAACGCCAAGGCCAAGGUCACCACCGAGGUCUGA